AUGCUGCUGGCUGGCCGUGGCUGCGGGAACAGCCUCAGAUCUUGCACUGGCAGCACACGGGGACACAGCAGCUGGACUGGGAGCAGCAGGGCUUGCAGCAGCUGGACUGGCAGCAGGAUGACCCACAGCCUGAAGGGCAGCAGGGCUUGCAGCAGCUGGACUGGGAGCAGCAGGGCUUGCAGCAGCUGGACUGGCAGCAGGAUGACCCACAGCCCGAAGAGCAACAGCAGGGCUUGCAGCAACUGCAUUGGGAGCAGCCACAAGAACCACAGCCCCCUUUGGAGCCCCCACAGGAACCACAGCCCCCUUUGGAGCCCCCACAAGAGCCAAAACCCCCCUUGGAGCCCCCACAGGAGCCACAGCUGGAGCAGGAACAGGCUGGCACACAGCAGCAUAUGGGCUUGCAGCAGCAGACGGGCACACAGCAGCCGGAACCACAGCCCCCACAGCCAGAGCCACAGCCCCCACAGCCGGAGCCACAGCCCCCACAGCCGGAGCCACAGCCCCCACAACCGGAGCCACAGCCCCCACAGCCAGAGCCACAGCCCCCACAACCAGAGCCACAGCCCCCACAGCUGGAACCACAGCCCCCACAGCCGGAGCCACAGCCUCCAGAGCAACCACAACAGCCCAUGGUUCUGGUGGAUUGAGAGUGGAGCAGGUAGAGGAGCAGGUGAGAGGGAGGUGCAGGUGUGGAGCCCCCUAAGCCUGGGCCAUUUAUAUACCUGCCUGAGGACGAGGGCCUUUCCUAUCCUUGAUGUGGCUGCACAGAACCUCCUUGACAUUGGAGAAUGA